CUCGCCGCACGCAUGCGUGACUCCCCUUAGACCUUCAAUCGAUAGUGCAGUGUCGAAACAGCCUGUUGGGCUCCGGUUAUUUUCCCUUAUUUUCCCGAAUAAUCGUCGUUUUUUCGGGUGAAAUUGUGAAGUAAUUCGCCACGGUGUCGGUGUCAAGUAGCGUGCUGCCAGGUGCCAUCACAAUGAAGAUGCUAGCGCCUCACGACGGUCCAGAUAUAGCGCCAGUCGACUCAGCUGGCGAGCUGCAUGGAGCCACCCUGUGGUUGGUGGUGUGUGGUGCCGCGGUGCUGGUGGCGGCUGCGCUGGCCGCCCUCGCUUGCUGGAUCGCCCGCCGCAGGAACUCGCUUGCUCACAAACUUGGAGGCAAGCGUGGUCCAGACAAGGCUCUGGUGUUCCAGCCCCCGCGUCGAGCCACAGCUGUCCGGUCCCCCGGGUCAGCCACCCACUACCUGCGCAAGUCCCCGUCACCGACUGCACCCGCGCCACCAGCAUCGUCCCCGCCGCAGCCCACGCCGCAAACACCAGCUGCCAAUCCUGCUACCACGCCGACUGGUGGCAACAGCCCGCAGUCGCCGCUAGCUCCCACCGAGCCUGCCCCGCUGAGCAAGGAGCUCGCCGAUGCUAAUGCUACCGAGAAGACCAAGACUGCUGAGCCGGAGAGCAAUGACGGACGACUUGGUGACCUGCACUUCAAGUUACGUUAUGAGACGGAGAAGAACGCACUGGUGGUGUCGGUGGUCUCCUGCCAGGGGCUACCUGGUCGUGAACCUGCCGGACCUGAUCCGUAUGUGAAGCUGCAACUGCUGCCGGAUAAACAGCACAAGGUCAAGACCAGGGUUGUCCGUAAGACCCGCUGCCCAGUUUACGACGAGGACUUCACCUUCUACGGCAUCUACCAGCACCAGAUCUCUCUCAUCACCCUGCACUUCGUCGUACUCAGCUUUGACAGGUAUUCCCGCGAUGAGAUAAUUGGCGAGGUGGUAGCUCCGCUGACGAGCCUGCAACUGCAGAGUGGCGAGCCCAUGGCCCUUUGCCGCGAGAUACAACCACGCAGUCUGAAGAUGCGUAGCGUGGGUCGCGGCGAGGUGUUGGUGUCGCUGUGCUGGCAGCCGGCGGCGGCGCGCCUCACCGUGGUGCUGCUCAAGGCGCGCAACCUGCCCAAGAUGGACGUCACCGGACUCGCUGACCCCUACGUGAAAAUGUACCUGCUGUACAACGGGCAGCGCAUCGCGAAGAAGAAGACCCACGUGAAGAAGAGGACGUUGAACCCGGUGUUCAACGAGUCGUUCGUGUUCGAGGUGCCGGCCGCGCCCAACGCGACCCUCGACCACGUGUCGCUCGAGCUGCUCGUACUCGACUGGGACCGGGUCACUAAGAAUGAGGUGAUCGGUCGGCUGGAACUGGGCGCGGCGGGCGCGGGCAGCGCGCGGCACCACUGGCGCGAGGUGCAGGCCGCGCCGCGCCGACAGAUCGCCGACUGGCACAAGCUCAAGGAGUGAACCCCUCUACUCCACACACACUACCCUGCUUGCCCUGUCUGACCCUGUAGCCUCCAUUUACACGGAUAUUUCACUGAAAAAAUCUACCAAAUCUACAUCCUCGGUAGAUAUUAGGGACAUACGUCUUAGGGAAAUCUCCAAUCAAGUAAUUGUUGUGUAAUAUAUCUUUAAAAAUGUUUACUGUAUUGUGAAAAAACCAUAAUGUAGAAAAACAACCAACAAUUUUUGUCAGAAAUCGGAAUAUUGGCAACAAAUUAAAAGAGAAUGUCCUAAAUGGCUACAUGGUCAGGCUACUCGUGCAGAUAUCACGUUUCCCAAACCCUUUAUCCCUAAAACAUUUUAAUUGCCUAAAAUGCGUAACGUAUUUUACAAUUACAUGAGUUUUACUUGAAAGAAAUCGGCCACAAGCGUUUCUUUUUUUAACGCUAUGAUACUCAAAUGUUA